UGGGUUCAGGACUUAGACAACGGAGAAGUAAUAAGAAACGUAAACAUUAAAGAAGCAGUUGAAAUGAUUGCAGAUGCCUGGAGGAAUGUCAAACCAAUGACGAUAAAAAACUGUUGGCAAUUAACGGGAAUCUUACCCGCCUCAGAUAACAUGGAGAUAGAUGAAAUCGAUGAAGAUAUGUCUAAUUUGAUUUCAGCUCUCAAUCACCUAAAGAUUGCAGAUUCCUCAAUGAAUAUGACAGCAGAAGAAUAUGCUCAGUUGGACGGUGGUUUGAUAAGCGCGGAGUUGCCAACAGAGGAAGAAAUUUUGGAAGAAUUUCUGGAGGCUGAAG